AUGCCGACCCAAGCACAACAGUGCUUCCGCUACGCUCGCAGUUCUGCCCUUGACGACACGAAUACAUUCUACUCGUGGGCAUGCGGAACAGCUUCAGACGACAUUCUCGUGCUUGGGACAUCAACAGUUGAAGGAGAAGUUCUGACCGCGGGAUCUGGCACCACGGGUAUUGAUGAUUUCCUGCGAUCGAUCACUAGUGGACUCCAGCCCACCGCCGGCAGCAAAACCCCAGCGGCCGGUGGUAGUGGAGGUAGUGGUGGCAGCAGCAGUAACCCGAUCAGUACCACUGCAAUUGCUCUCAUAACGGUGGCUGGUAUUGCUGUACUUGUCAUCGCUCUGCUACUUGGAUAUUUCUGCUGGUACCGACCGCGCCACCAGAGAAACAACGACGUUGUUCAACACAACCAGCCCUCUCAGCUACCAUACGAGCCGACUGUUACUCAAGGACCUCGUACGGAAAUUAUACCAUCAUAUGGCGGAUCUCGGGAUGAGAUCAUGGCUAAAUGGAGCGGCCUGACGCCUCCCGGAGCACAUCCGAAUGUGCCGCCAUCUGAGGCUCCUAGCGAUAGUGACUACUCUGGGCCCACUGCGAGUGAGAUGCCACGGCCGAUGUCCACAGUGCACGAAUCCGGCAGCACCUUUGGUCACAGAUUUUAUGACCAUUAG